AUAACCAAAAUAUCAUGUGACCUUCCCCGACCCUUCUUCCUUCUUUCCCCCUCUUGUCAUAGCAAACUCAAAAUCCAACACCAAAAAAUCAAAUUAUUCAUUAUUCCUUUCAUAUAUAAAUCUCCAAUUCCCACCCACUUUCACCCAUAGAUCAAGAUUCAGCAUGAAGCAUAUUUUAGUAAGGUCAGCGGCACGAGUCCUGCUUGGCGGUGGCCGGAGCUACUACCGCCAGCUCUCGACGGCGCCGAUCGUCGAAACCAGACACCAGCAUGGUGGCGCCGCGUUUGGAAGCUUCUACUUGCGGAGGAUGUCCUCGCUUCCAGAGAUAAAGGAUCAUCAACAGUCAGAGGAGAAAAAAAACGAGGUCAACGAUGCCAACCACAACAACGCCGUCAUUUCAAGCUACUGGGGGAUCACGAGGCCCAAGGUUCGCAGGGAGGAUGGGACUGAGUGGCCAUGGAACUGUUUCAUGCCAUGGGACAGUUAUCGCGCAGAUGUGUCAAUAGACGUGACAAAGCACCACACACCAAAGUCGCUAACGGACAAGGUUGCUUUCAGGUCUGUAAAGUUUCUAAGGGUUCUCUCUGAUUUGUACUUCAAGGAACGAUAUGGGUGCCACGCGAUGAUGCUGGAAACAAUUGCAGCUGUUCCGGGAAUGGUGGGAGGGAUGUUGUUACACCUGAAAUCUCUGAGGAAGUUUCAGCACAGUGGGGGUUGGAUCAAGGCAUUGCUUGAGGAAGCAGAGAACGAGAGGAUGCACCUGAUGACCAUGGUGGAGCUUGUGAAGCCAAGCUGGCACGAGAGGCUUCUCAUUUUUACUGCGCAGGGUGUUUUCUUCAAUGCCUUCUUUGUGUUUUACCUCCUCUCACCAAAAGCAGCGCAUAGGUUUGUUGGGUAUUUGGAGGAAGAGGCUGUGAUCUCGUACACGCAGCACUUGGAUGCGAUUGAGAGUGGUAAAGUAGAAAACGUCCCUGCCCCUGCCAUUGCUAUCGACUACUGGAGGCUUCCCAAGGACGCAACACUCAAGGAUGUUGUCACUGUCAUUCGCGCUGAUGAGGCUCACCACAGGGAUGUUAACCACUUUGCUUCUGAUAUUCACCAUCAAGGAAAGGAAUUAAAAGAGGCUCCUGCUCCUAUUGGUUACCACUGAGUCAUUGUUGUAAACUUUUACUAGCCUUUGUUGUCUAAACUUAUUAUUUGUGCCUGAAAGUUCAAUGAAAUGUAUUUUCAGUCUGCACUUUAAAUUUAUAGAGAUCAAUAGUUAGUUUGGUGAUACUUUUGGAGACAUCAUAAACCCAACUUGUACUUGGCUUAUGAGAAAGUAUUGGAUUGUUCAGAAUUACUAUCCAUAUUAGCCCAUAUCUGUAUCACAUAUUUUAGUAUUUUAAUUAAUAAAAAAAUUAAAAACAAUUGAGUACUUGCAA